AUGCUCGACGAAAAUCUACCUGCCUUUUUCCUCAAACCGUCUGCAUCCGGAAUCAAGCAUCACCGCGACAUAUACCUCUCCCAUCGUGGAAGUGAUCCGGCGCCAGCGUACACCUUACACAAUGCAGACCCAGCCAGUCCAGCACCCAUCCAAAAGAAUGCGUACGGUGCAGCCUUGUUCGAUGCCUUCAAUCCGGAGAUACUGUACGCCGAAGUGCUGAUGCUUCCGUCAUGGACAACGCCCACUAUAUCUGCCGAAGAGUUAAGACGGCACGACGGCAUCACUCCCCCUCCGCAGCCAAUUCUGCCCAACGAGUUCUCCAUUCAGUUGUACAACCCCGACAUGCAGGUGCGAGUGGAGAUCAAAGAGGGUAAAUGGGGUGGCAGCGAGCGAUACGAGUUCAGCAUGCCGCAGACCUCUUUUCGCACGCCUUCUGCGAGUAAUCUCGACCGCGGACAGAGCGAUCCCGCCAGCUUGGCCAUUACCCCCAAAGUGAACUUUGUAUGGCGAAGGGAGAGCAAGCUCAGCAAGGAGCUGACAUGCUUCAUGACCGGCAAAAGUACGGAUACGAUUGAGAAGAAGAAGAGCAAGCGAGAUCCGGAUAUUGCAAUUGCACUGUGGAGAAGCAUGCGUGAGCUGACAAUCUACGAACCGAACAUGGAGCGAAUGGAUAUGGAGGAUCCAAAAGGUCUGGAGGUCGUUCUGUUACUUUCAGCAAUUGUCAUCAAGGAUGUGUAUUUCGCCCACAAAGACCAGAUGCAUGAGUUGUUCAACAUUUCAGGCACUCCAGCAGACCGGAAAUUGUCAGGAUCUGGAAGAAGACUCACAAAUACGCAACCACCUACUGCAGUAAUUGGACAGCAAAAGCAAGCUUCAAACUUCCCACAAAACCGGAACGAUGAGAAGCGAUCCUCUUUACCACGCCUGCAGACCACGCCMCCUCAACAAAUGCCACUACGGCCGCCUAGAACGACUCGACCGCCUCCUCUAGCAGACCCCCGUAAGCAAUGGGAGCUUGAUGCGGAAACGGCAAGGUUGAAGGCACAGGCCGAGGCAGAAGCCAAAGCAGCCCAAGAUCGUCAGCGACAACGUGAAAAGGCAGACGAAGCAGAACGAAAGCGUCUGCAGAGGAUGGUCGAAGAAGAAGAAAAGGAAGCACGGCGGAAGCGGGCCGAGAUUGACAAGGAGACCGAGCGGCUUCGAAGACAGUAUGGCGUCCCGCCGUCAAACGGCAGACCGACAAGUAACGUCGGGCCGUACCUGAAGCCCACACCGCAGCAUGUACAGUUCGCAGCGGGAAGACCUGGCCGUGGACAGCCGUCUGCUAGUAGCAGUGCUCUUAUGAUGAGUGGAGCUAACCCUGGCGCGAGCAGCAGCUCAAACGUUUCCAAGCCGGCGAAGAAGAAGAGCUUUUUCGGGCUGAGGAGUUUGAGUGACGACGCGGAGGAGCGGAGGAAGGUGGUGAAAAAGUCGAGCUCGAUGUGGUAG